AUGGCUUCCUCCUCCUCUUCCCCCUCCUCCGGAUUCUGCAUCUCCUCCGGGAGAUUCUCCUUCAAGCCGCGGAUCUUCCCCGACACUCUCAAGCUCUGCACGAAGCCCACCUACCCGGGCAGACUGAUCUUCGAAGCGGCGCGCGAGGGUAGCAUCCCCAUCAUGAAGGACCUGGCGCAGCGGUGUAGAAUUGAGGACAGAAGCCUGGAGGUGGUGGAGGAGAUCAAGGUCAAGGACUCUCCGAACGGCCCGAGCCUCGGGGCGCUCCAUGUGGCGGCCUCGAAUGGGAAUCUGGAGAUGUGCGAGUUCCUGAUCGAUGAACUCAACCUCGACGUCAACGCGGCUGCUCAGCAUGGUUUAUCACCUCUAAUAUGUGCAAUAUACGGUACUGCACCUAAAAGAAUUGUGGAGCUUCUACUUGAUCGUGGUGCUGAACCAGACAUACCAAGCACAGAAGGGGUUACUGUGCUCCAUGUUCUUGCAACAAAGAAAGAUCCCUCUGGAAUAGCGGAUUUAUUGUUAUCCAGAGGGGCCAAUGUUGACUCUAUGAGCCCAGAAGGAACACCACUACAUUUUGCGGCUCAGUGUGGAAAUCUGGAAAUGAUGGAAGUGCUGUUGAAGUAUGAGGCAAAUCCUAACAGCGUUGUGCAAUCAUCCUAUGCACCACUUACAAUGGCUCUCUUGGGUUCUUCGUUGAAGUGUGUGGAACUAGUUAUUCAGGCCGGUGCUGAUGUCAAUGCUGCUAAGCCUGUAACUCCAUUAAUAAUAGCUGCAAGAUAUGGCUUAUCUGACUGCAUCAAGUGCUUGUUAAAAUAUUGCGCUGAUCCCAAUAUUGCCGAUGAAAUUGGUAUAAUCCCAGUGGAAAUAGCAGCAAUCCAUGGACGGAAGAAAUGUGUUGAGAUUCUUUUUCCUGCCACAUCCCCUGUAGAUAAAUUUGCAGACUGGAGCAUUGAUGGAAUAAUGCAACAUGUGAAAUCUGGGAGUUCAGAAGGUCAUCCUGAUAAUAUGAUGCAAGCUUAUUUUAAAGCGCAAGGGGAUUAUGCAUUUGAGAGAGAGGAUUAUGUUCAUGCAUCAGCUCAAUACACCUUGGCAAUUGGGGCUGGCCCUGAGGAUCCAAUCUUGUACUCAAAGAGGUGCCUUUGCUACCUUCGUAUGGGUGAGAAAAACAAAGCUUUGGAUGAUGCCAGUACCUGCGAAAGAUUGGGUUGUUUUGUAUCGCGUUACUGCCAUGAGCAAGGAUCAGCUCUAAUACCAAUGGAGGACUAUGGCCAAGCAGGCGAAGCUCUUAUAUCUAGCUUGAAGUUGGAUUCUGAAAGCGACCCGGCUGGUGAAGUAUCUAGGGAGGAGGAUGUGUGAAUAAAGGAUAGUUGCUGCCUGGACAUGUGAAGCC